AUGAAGCAAACGUACAGAGACGCUUUCUGUCUGCUCUGUGGAGUGUUAGCAUUAGCAUUAGCAUUAGCAUUAGCAGACGCUCAGGACUGGAACAAACCAAACCAGCAACGAGCAGCUGUCCACCAGGAGAAGCAGUCCCACCAGGAGCCGCUGGCCUGGAGCUUCCCGGAGCCGCCGGCUGAGGAGGAGCCUCGCUUCCCUCCAGACUUUGAGCUGAGGACUCCGACGGCGGCCGACAGUGUGAGCGCUGACUGCAGGGAGAGCUCGGUCAGAGUGGAGGCCAAGAGAGACCUGCUGGGGAUCGGCAGACCGGUCCGGACUGCAGACGUCACGCUGGGAGGAUGUCCGGCCUCGGGGGAAGAUCAGGAGCUCCUGGUGUUUGAGUCGGAGCUGCACGGAUGUGGAAGCCAGCUGCUGAUGUCUGAGGAUUCGUUCGUCUACGUCUUCACGCUGCUGUACACGCCCAGUCCUCUCGGAGACAGUCCCAUCGUCCGGACCAGAGACGUCAGCGUUAGCAUCCAGUGCCAGUACCAGAGGAAGCAUGAUGUGAGCACUGGGCUGCUGAAACCCACCUGGAUGCCGUUCAGUCACCUCAAAACCUCAGAGGAGAAUCUGUACUUCUCCUUCAGACUGAUGACCGAUGAUUGGCAGUUCCCUCGUCCGUCCAAUCAGUUCGUGCUGGGAGACGUGAUGAAGUUCGAAGUGUCGGUCAAACAGUUUCACCACACGCCUCUCAGAGUGACGGUGGACAGCUGCGUGGCAACCGUCGCCCCCAACGUCGACACAGUCCCUCGAUACUCCUUCCUGGGGAACAACGGGUGCCUGUUUGACAGUCAGCUGACCGGCUCCAGCUCUCACUUCCUGCCUCGGACUCAAGACGACAGGCUGCAGUUUGAGGUGGAGGCGUUCAGGUUCCAGCAGGACUACAGCGGCGUGAUCUACGUCACCUGCAGCGUGAGAGCGAGCGUAGCCUCGGCAGCCGUCGACUCCACCAACAAGGCCUGUUCCUUCGCUAACGGGUGGAGCGAAGCCAGCGGCAGCCAUCAAGCUUGUUCCUGCUGCGAUACGGUCUGUGGGACAGGAAGUAACCCAACAGGAAGUGACCUGACAGGAACAGGUCAGUGGGAAGAAGAAACGGCCGUUGGACCAAUCGUAGUGAAGGAGAAACUUCUACAAUGA